AUGGGGAGAGGAGGUUCUAAAAUGACUAAGUGCUUUGGUAUAGUCAUGGGCAGCAUAUUCCUUGGCAUGUAUUUCAUUGCCAGUUUGAUACUCAUUGGUAUCUCAGUAAAAGUAUGCGAGAUGGUAAGUACUAGUCACAAUGAUGAUAACUCUUUCUAGGAAAAUUACUGUCUAAAUGUAAACUAGAAUGAGUAAAAAGUUAAUUUGGAGUUAUAUGAUGGGGGAAGAUACUGGCUCGGUGCUAAUCAUGAAUUCGCUGAAUUUCCUAGAUAGCAGAUGGUUCUUGUCAUCUCAGAUACCUACAAUGCCUAAAAAGGAAGUUACACAGACUCAUACUUGACCUAUAUUGACAAUGAAUCAAUCAAAGUUAGGUCCUAGGAGGGUCUUAGAGUAUCUGUUUAGCUAGCAUUGCACUAUAAAGUGGGUGUUAGCUUCAACAAUAAAACUAGACUUGCAAGAGAAUUUCAAGAAAUAUAUAUUAGAUACGGAGAAAAGGCAACUUGGGAUAAGCUUGUUAAGAAUGUAGUCAUCGCAUCUACCAAGGAUGCUUGCUAAAAUUAUCAAGCUUUUGACUUUUUCGAAAAAAGAUAAGAAAUCGGAGCAGCUAUAUUGAAUAAGACUAAGUUUAAUCUUGGUAAGUUGGGAUUCACAGCUUUGUAAAUGCCAAUUUUGAACAUUGACAUUCCAGAUCAAUUCAGUACUGCAAUUAAGAGAACUUAGAUCGUUAAGCAACAGUAAUAAAAAUACAACUAUACUAAAGCCAUUGAAGAUACCAAAGGCUAGACUCUUGUAAAGCAAGAGUUGUUGAAUUAGGAGAUCUUAUUAUCAGAAGCGAGAGCGAGGGCUACUGCAACAGCAUUAACAAGUCAGGCUCAAGCUAAUAGCAUUUAGGAUGCUUUGAAUAUCGAGAAAAAUAUGAUUAGAAGUGUUCAGAACAUUUUCAGAACAGGCUCAGACAACAAUUUCAAUCUUGCUUUCAUUUGGACUAGAUUAAUUGAGAAGAAAAUAGAGCAAGGAGUUAUUACAUCUAUCAUGAUGGAUAACCCAUUAUUCAAUCAAUGA